AUGGCUCCACCAACAAUAGGUGGACGCUCUUAUGGGAGAUCACCGAAAGCCAAAAAGACAACUGCUAGUGCACGUGCUUCUCGAUUGUCUAAUCGCAAUGGUUUAGAUCUACAUCAACAUAGAGCUGGUUUAUGUUCAUAUGCCAAAGUUCAGGAUGUGCUGGAAGCAAACAACGAAGACUUCUCUUUUAUUGCUGUGAUAAAGAAAAUACAUCAAAAAUCGGACGGAACUUACGUUGAUGAGCGAGCUCGAUUGGUUGCAGAAACUUAUGAAAAGCAUGUAGAAGAACGCCUGGGACAACUUGAAUCUUCUGGUCUACAGAAUGUGACACCUGAGAAUCUUGAUCAGUGUGAGAAAAAAGAAUUUUUUAUCAAGGAUGCUGGAACAUCUAAACAAGGACAUGUCUUUGGACUUGGAGCACUACACAGUAAGGUUUUACCAUCUAUUGAAGCUCCAUCGAAUGAAUCACAUGCUUCUGAAGAAGUGGAAAUAAUAACAAAAAGAUUGUAA